AUGAGGCCGAUCGUACUCCUACUGUUGCUGCACGUAUGUCUACUAUCUUCACAUCGCCUCGCCGCAGCACGCACGCCUCUCGCCGAAGCGGACGGCGCCGCAAGUAGCAGCAGCCGUCGCGAGCUGCAAGCGUCGUGCCCCGCGGGCGUGGUGUGUCCGGCGGGCGCGACGUGCGUGGUGGACGGCAGCGGCUACCCCUUCUGCAAGUGCGCUGCGGGGCAGGCCAUCAUAAACGGCGUGUGCGCGCCGGCCGCUAGCUGGGCCGAGGUCGGCACGAACGUCGUCCUCUACAAUAGGGCAAACUACGCCAACUCGCCCACCACGCUCGCGCCGGCCGUGCUGCGCGGCGCGGCGCCGAACUCGAGCGCGUGCGUGAACCUGUCGGGCGCGUUCAACGGGUCUGUGGGGUCGCUGCGGAUCAUGUGGAACGUGAACGACGGCGUGGCGAACCACCUGGUGUGCGGCAAGCUCUUCUUCUGGGACAAACCCAACUGCUGCUGCUCCGGCUCGGGUUACCAGAUCCCCGGCGGGUGGACCGCCGUCGACCCCAACAAGUUCACCUACACCACCACCAGCGUCAAGUCGACGAGCGGCAUUAUUCUGACGGCGAGGUCCAUCUCGUGCCAGGCCGCCAUCGCCACCAACACGUACCCCUGCGCCACCAAGACCUGCCCCGUAAACGCCGCAUGCUCCGUGGUGAACGGUGCCGCCGUGUGCACGUGCAGCGCUGGAUACAGCAUGGUCGCCGGGCAAUGCGUUGCAACAACGUCCAACCCGUGCACGGGGUACACCUGUCCCGCCAACUCAGCAUGCUCCAACGUGAAUGGCGUCGCCAAGUGCACGUGCAAUACUGGUUACCAGAUGGUCAACGGCCAGUGCGUUGUGCCCAACCCGUGCACGGGGUACACCUGUCCCGCCAACUCAGCAUGCUCAAAUGUCAACGGUGUUGCCACGUGCACGUGCAAUACUGGUUACCAGAUGGUCAACAGCCAGUGUGUCGUGCCCAACCCGUGCACGGGGUACACCUGUCCCGCCAACUCAGCAUGCUCAAAUGUCAACGGUGUUGCCACGUGCACGUGCAAUACUGGUUACCAGAUGGUCAACGGCCAGUGUGUCGUGCCCAACCCGUGCACGGGGUACACCUGUCCUGUCAACUCAGCAUGCUCCAACGUGAAUGGCGUCGCCAAGUGCACGUGCAAUUCUGGUUACCAGAUGGUCAACGGCCAGUGCGUUGCCAUUUCCUCCUCCGUUCUCCUUUUUUCACCUCUGAUGUCUCUCCUGCCUCUCGCCAAUGCGCUUUAUUGCCUGUCCCCUUGCACUCUCCUCCCCACACCCACAUCAGUGCCCAACCCAUGCACGGGGUACACCUGUCCCGCCAACUCAGCAUGCUCUAACGUGAAUGGCGUCGCCACGUGCACGUGCAAUUCGGGUUACCAGAUGGUCAACGGCCAGUGCGUUGGUGAGUGUUGCUGUCGAUGGUGCCUUGCUGCGCGUUCAAUGGCGGGUGCCGCGAGCGUCGCGAAUACAUCAUCUCCUGGGCGUAGCAAUUUCCAUGCCCCUCCGCUCUCCCUCUCCUCUCCAUUAAAUCUGAUACGGUCCCGUCUGCUCUCCAUCACAUCCCUGCCCCUGCCCCUGUUCCUCCCUGCUCACCCCCCUCUCCCUCUUUCCUCCCCUCCCUCCCCCCCGCUCCCUGGUUCACCGGGCAGUGCCCAACCCCUGUGCGACGGCCAACUGUCCGCUCAACUCGGUGUGCUCCAACGUGAACGGCGUCGCCACGUGCACGUGCACUGCGGGCUUCCAGAUGGUCAACGGCCAGUGCGCUGGUAUGCUCCCCUGCUCCCCGCUGCACCCUGCUGCUCUUUCCUGCCCUCCCCUUCGUUCUUCCUCCCCCUCUUCUCGGCAUUCUCACCCUCGUUCACUGCACCGUCCCCCCACUCUCAUUUCCUCCCUCUGCAUCAUGCUCUUCCCUUCCGGUUCCUGUCCCCUUUCCCCGCCAUGCCCCAUGCCUUCCGCCCUCCCCUGCGAGCAGCGCUGCCCCCAUCGGACCCGUGCGCGGGAUUCUCAUGUCCCGCCAACUCAGCAUGCUCCAACGUCAAUGGCGUUUCCACGUGCACGUGCUCUGCGGGCUACCAGAUGACUGCCGGCCAGUGCGUUGGUGAGUUCUUAUACGUGCAGUGCGUUGGUGAGUUCUUGUACGUGCAGUGCGUUGGUGAGUUCUUAUACAUGCAGUGCGUUGGUGAGUUCUUAUACGUGCAGUGCGUUGGUGAGUUCUUAUACCUGCAGUGCGUUGGUGAGUUCUUAUACGUGCAGUGCGUUGGUGGGUUCUUAUACCUGCAGUGCGUUGGUGAGUUCUUAUACGUGCAGUGCGUUGGUGAGUUCUUAUACGUGCAGUGCGUUGGUGAGUUCUUAUACGUGCAGUGCGUUGGUGAGUUCUUAUACGUGCAGUGCGUUGGUGAGUUCUUAUACGUGCAGUGCGUUGGUGAGUUCUUAUACGUGCAGUGCGUUGGUGAGUUCUUAUACCUGCAGUGCGUUGGUGGGUUCUUAUACGUGCAGUGCGUUGGUGAGUUCUUAUACGUGCAGUGCGUUGGUGAGUUCUUAUACGUGCAGUGCGUUGGUGAGUUCUUAUACGUGCAGUGCGUUGGUGAGUUCUUAUACGUGCAGUGCGUUGGUGAGUUCUUAUACGUGCAGUGCGUUGGUGAGUUCUUAUACGUGCAGUGCGUUGGUGAGUUCUUCUACGUGCAGUGCGUUGGUGAGUUCUUAUACGUGCAGUGCGUUGGUGAGUUCUUAUACGUGCAGUGCGUUGGUGAGUUCUUAUACGUGCAGUGCGUUGGUGAGUUCUUAUACGUGCAGUGCGUUGGUGAGUUCUUAUACGUGCAGUGCGUUGGUGAGUUCUUAUACGUGCAGUGCGUUGGUGAGUUCUUAUACGUGCAGUGCGUUGGUGAGUUCUUAUACGUGCAGUGCGUUGGUGAGUUCUUAUACGUGCAGUGCGUUGGUGAGUUCUUAUACGUGCAGUGCGUUGGUGAGUUCUUAUACGUGCAGUGCGUUGCUGAGUUCUUAUACGUGCAGUGCGUUGGUGAGUUCUUAUACGUGCAGUGCGUUGGUGAGUUCUUAUACGUGCAGUGCGUUGGUGAGUUCUUAUACGUGCAGUGCGUUGGUGAGUUCUUAUACGUGCAGUGCGUUGGUGAGUUCUUAUACGUGCAGUGCGUUGGUGAGUUCUUAUACGUGCAGUGCGUUGGUGAGUUCUUAUACGUGCAGUGCGUUGGUGAGUUCUUAUACGUGCAGUGCGUUGGUGAGUUCUUAUACGUGCAGUGCGUUGGUGAGUUCUUAUACGUGCAGUGCGUUGGUGAGUUCUUAUACGUGCAGUGCGUUGGUGAGUUCUUAUACGUGCAGUGCGUUGGUGAGUUCUUAUACGUGCAGUGCGUUGGUGAGUUCUUAUACGUGCAGUGCGUUGGUGAGUUCUUAUACGUGCAGUGCGUUGGUGAGUUCUUAUACGUGCAGUGCGUUGGUGAGUUCUUAUACGUGCAGUGCGUUGGUGAGUUCUUAUACGUGCAGUGCGUUGGUGAGUUCUUAUACGUGCAGUGCGUUGGUGAGUUCUUAUACGUGCAGUGCGUUGGUGAGUUCUUAUACGUGCAGUGCGUUGGUGAGUUCUUAUACGUGCAGUGCGUUGGUGAGUUCUUAUACGUGCAGUGCGUUGGUGAGUUCUUAUACGUGCAGUGCGUUGGUGAGUUCUUAUACGUGCAGUGCGUUGGUGAGUUCUUAUACGUGCAGUGCGUUGGUGAGUUCUUAUACGUGCAGUGCGUUGGUGAGUUCUUAUACGUGCAGUGCGUUGGUGAGUUCUUAUACGUGCAGUGCGUUGGUGAGUUCUUAUACGUGCAGUGCGUUGGUGAGUUCUUAUACGUGCAGUGCGUUGGUGAGUUCUUAUACGUGCAGUGCGUUGGUGAGUUCUUAUACCUGCAGUGCGUUGGUGAGUUCUUAUACGUGCAGUGCGUUGGUGAGUUCUUAUACGUGCAGUGCGUUGGUGAGUUCUUAUACGUGCAGUGCGUUGGUGAGUUCUUAUACGUGCAGUGCGUUGGUGAGUUCUUAUACGUGCAGUGCGUUGGUGAGUUCUUAUACGUGCAGUGCGUUGGUGAGUUCUUAUACGUGCAGUGCGUUGGUGAGUUCUUAUACGUGCAGUGCGUUGGUGAGUUCUUAUACGUGCAGUGCGUUGGUGAGUUCUUAUACGUGCAGUGCGUUGGUGAGUUCUUAUACGUGCAGUGCGUUGGUGAGUUCUUAUACGUGCAGUGCGUUGGUGAGUUCUUAUACGUGCAGUGCGUUGGUGAGUUCUUAUACGUGCAGUGCGUUGGUGAGUUCUUAUACGUGCAGUGCGUUGGUGAGUUCUUAUACGUGCAGUGCGUUGGUGAGUUCUUAUACGUGCAGUGCGUUGGUGAGUUCUUAUACGUGCAGUGCGUUGGUGAGUUCUUAUACGUGCAGUGCGUUGGUGAGUUCUUAUACGUGCAGUGCGUUGGUGAGUUCUUAUACGUGCAGUGCGUUGGUGAGUUCUUAUACGUGCAGUGCGUUGGUGAGUUCUUAUACGUGCAGUGCGUUGGUGAGUUCUUAUACGUGCAGUGCGUUGGUGAGUUCUUAUACGUGCAGUGCGUUGGUGAGUUCUUAUACGUGCAGUGCGUUGGUGAGUUCUUAUACGUGCAGUGCGUUGGUGAGUUCUUAUACGUGCAGUGCGUUGGUGAGUUCUUAUACGUGCAGUGCGUUGGUGAGUUCUUAUACGUGCAGUGCGUUGUGCAGUGCGUUGGUGAGUUCUUAUACGUGCAGUGCGUUGGUGAGUUCUUAUACGUGCAGUGCGUUGGUGAGUUCUUAUACGUGCAGUGCGUUGGUGAGUUCUUAUACGUGCAGUGCGUUGGUGAGUUCUUAUACGUGCAGUGCGUUGGUGAGUUCUUAUACCUGCAGUGCGUUGGUGAGUUCUUAUACGUGCAGUGCGUUGGUGAGUUCUUAUACGUGCAGUGCGUUGGUGAGUUCUUAUACGUGCAGUGCGUUGGUGAGUUCUUAUACGUGCAGUGCGUUGGUGAGUUCUUAUACCUGCAGUGCGUUGGUGAGUUCUUAUACGUGCAGUGCGUUGGUGAGUUCUUAUACGUGCAGUGCGUUGGUGAGUUCUUAUACGUGCAGUGCGUUGGUGAGUUCUUAUACGUGCAGUGCGUUGGUGAGUUCUUAUACGUGCAGUGCGUUGGUGAGUUCUUAUACCUGCAGUGCGUUGGUGAGUUCUUAUACCUGCAGUGCGUUGGUGAGUUCUUAUACCUGCAGUGCGUUGGUGAGUUCUUAUACCUGCAGUGCGUUGGUGAGUUCUUAUACGUGCAGUGCGUUGGUGAGUUCUUAUACGUGCAGUGCGUUGGUGAGUUCUUAUACGUGCAGUGCGUUGGUGAGUUCUUAUACCUGCAGUGCGUUGGUGAGUUCUUAUACCUGCAGUGCGUUGGUGAGUUCUUAUACCUGCAGUGCGUUGGUGAGUUCUUAUACCUGCAGUGCGUUGGUGAGUUCUUAUACGUGCAGUGCGUUGGUGAGUUCUUAUACGUGCAGUGCGUUGGUGAGUUCUUAUACCUGCAGUGCGUUGGUGAGUUCUUAUACGUGCAGUGCGUUGGUGAGUUCUUAUACCUGCAGUGCGUUGGUGAGUUCUUAUACGUGCAGUGCGUUGGUGAGUUCUUAUACGUGCAGUGCGUUGGUGAGUUCUUAUACGUGCAGUGCGUUGGUGAGUUCUUAUACGUGCAGUGCGUUGGUGAGUUCUUAUACGUGCAGUGCGUUGGUGAGUUCUUAUACGUGCAGUGCGUUGGUGAGUUCUUAUACGUGCAGUGCGUUGGUGAGUUCUUAUACGUGCAGUGCGUUGGUGAGUUCUUAUACGUGCAGUGCGUUGGUGAGUUCUUAUACGUGCAGUGCGUUGGUGAGUUCUUAUACGUGCAGUGCGUUGGUGAGUUCUUAUACGUGCAGUGCGUUGGUGAGUUCUUAUACGUGCAGUGCGUUGGUGAGUUCUUAUACGUGCAGUGCGUUGGUGAGUUCUUAUACGUGCAGUGCGUUGGUGAGUUCUUAUACUGCGUUGGUGAGUUCUUAUACCUGCAGUGCGUUGGUGAGUUCUUAUACCUGCAGUGCGUUGGUGAGUUCUUAUACCUGCAGUGCGUUGGUGAGUUCUUAUACGUGCAGUGCGUUGGUGAGUUCUUAUACCUGCAGUGCGUUGGUGAGUUCUUAUACCUGCAGUGCGUUGGUGAGUUCUUGUACGUGCAGUGCGUUGGUGAGUUCUUAUACGUGCAGUGCGUUGGUGAGUUCUUGUACGUGCAGUGCGUUGGUGAGUUCUUAUACGUGCAGUGCGUUGGUGAGUUCUUAUACCUGCAGUGCGUUGGUGAGUUCUUAUACGUGCAGUGCGUUGGUGAGUUCUUAUACCUGCAGUGCGUUGGUGAGUUCUUAUACGUGCAGUGCGUUGGUGAGUUCUUAUACGUGCAGUGCGUUGGUGAGUUCUUAUACGUGCAGUGCGUUGGUGAGUUCUUAUACGUGCAGUGCGUUGGUGAGUUCUUAUACGUGCAGUGCGUUGGUGAGUUCUUAUACGUGCAGUGCGUUGGUGAGUUCUUAUACCUGCAGUGCGUUGGUGAGGUCUUAUACGUGCAGUGCGUUGGUGAGUUCUUAUACCUGCAGUGCGUUGGUGAGUUCUUAUACGUGCAGUGCGUUGGUGAGUUCUUAUACGUGCAGUGCGUUGGUGAGUUCUUAUACGUGCAGUGCGUUGGUGAGUUCUUAUACCUGCAGUGCGUUGGUGAGUUCUUAUACGUGCAGUGCGUUGGUGAGUUCUUAUACGUGCAGUGCGUUGGUGAGUUCUUAUACGUGCAGUGCGUUGGUGAGUUCUUAUACGUGCAGUGCGUUGGUGAGUUCUUAUACGUGCAGUGGGUUGGUGAGUUCUUAUACCUGCAGUGCGUUGGUGAGUUCUUAUACGUGCAGUGCGUUGGUGAGUUCUUAUACGUGCAGUGCGUUGGUGAGUUCUUAUACGUGCAGUGCGUUGGUGAGUUCUUAUACGUGCAGUGCGUUGGUGAGUUCUUAUACGUGCAGUGCGUUGGUGAGUUCUUAUACGUGCAGUGCGUUGGUGAGUUCUUAUACGUGCAGUGCGUUGGUGAGUUCUUAUACGUGCAGUGCGUUGGUGAGUUCUUAUACGUGCAGUGCGUUGGUGAGUUCUUAUACGUGCAGUGCGUUGGUGAGUUCUUAUACGUGCAGUGCGUUGGUGAGUUCUUAUACGUGCAGUGCGUUGGUGAGUUCUUAUACGUGCAGUGCGUUGGUGAGUUCUUAUACGUGCAGUGCGUUGGUGAGUUCUUAUACGUGCAGUGCGUUGGUGAGUUCUUAUACGUGCAGUGCGUUGGUGAGUUCUUAUACGUGCAGUGCGUUGGUGAGUUCUUAUACGUGCAGUGCGUUGGUGAGUUCUUAUACGUGCAGUGCGUUGGUGAGUUCUUAUACGUGCAGUGCGUUGGUGAGUUCUUAUACGUGCAGUGCGUUGGUGAGUUCUUAUACGUGCAGUGCGUUGGUGAGUUCUUAUACGUGCAGUGCGUUGGUGAGUUCUUAUACGUGCAGUGCGUUGGUGAGUUCUUAUACGUGCAGUGCGUUGGUGAGUUCUUAUACGUGCAGUGCGUUGGUGAGUUCUUAUACGUGCAGUGCGUUGGUGAGUUCUUAUACGUGCAGUGCGUUGGUGAGUUCUUAUACGUGCAGUGCGUUGGUGAGUUCUUAUACGUGCAGUGCGUUGGUGAGUUCUUAUACGUGCAGUGCGUUGGUGAGUUCUUAUACGUGCAGUGCGUUGGUGAGUUCUUAUACGUGCAGUGCGUUGGUGAGUUCUUAUACGUGCAGUGCGUUGGUGAGUUCUUAUACGUGCAGUGCGUUGGUGAGUUCUUAUACGUGCAGUGCGUUGGUGAGUUCUUAUACGUGCAGUGCGUUGGUGAGUUCUUAUACGUGCAGUGCGUUGUGCAGUGCGUUGGUGAGUUCUUAUACGUGCAGUGCGUUGGUGAGUUCUUAUACGUGCAGUGCGUUGGUGAGUUCUUAUACGUGCAGUGCGUUGGUGAGUUCUUAUACCUGCAGUGCGUUGGUGAGUUCUUAUACGUGCAGUGCGUUGGUGAGUUCUUAUACCUGCAGUGCGUUGGUGAGUUCUUAUACGUGCAGUGCGUUGGUGAGUUCUUAUACGUGCAGUGCGUUGGUGAGUUCUUAUACCUGCAGUGCGUUGGUGAGUUCUUAUACCUGCAGUGCGUUGGUGAGUUCUUAUACCUGCAGUGCGUUGGUGAGUUCUUAUACCUGCAGUGCGUUGGUGAGUUCUUAUACCUGCAGUGCGUUGGUGAGUUCUUAUACCUGCAGUGCGUUGGUGAGUUCUUAUACCUGCAGUGCGUUGGUGAGUUCUUAUACGUGCAGUGCGUUGGUGAGUUCUUAUACGUGCAGUGCGUUGGUGAGUUCUUAUACCUGCAGUGCGUUGGUGAGUUCUUAUACCUGCAGUGCGUUGGUGAGUUCUUAUACCUGCAGUGCGUUGGUGAGUUCUUAUACCUGCAGUGCGUUGGUGAGUUCUUAUACGUGCAGUGCGUUGGUGAGUUCUUAUACCUGCAGUGCGUUGGUGAGUUCUUAUACGUGCAGUGCGUUGGUGAGUUCUUAUACCUGCAGUGCGUUGGUGAGUUCUUAUACGUGCAGUGCGUUGGUGAGUUCUUAUACGUGCAGUGCGUUGGUGAGUUCUUAUACGUGCAGUGCGUUGGUGAGUUCUUAUACGUGCAGUGCGUUGGUGAGUUCUUAUACGUGCAGUGCGUUGGUGAGUUCUUAUACGUGCAGUGCGUUGGUGAGUUCUUAUACGUGCAGUGCGUUGGUGAGUUCUUAUACGUGCAGUGCGUUGGUGAGUUCUUGUACCUGCAGUGCGUUGGUGAGUUCUUGUACCUGCAGUGCGUUGGUGAGUUCUUAUACGUGCAGUGCGUUGGUGAGUUCUUAUACCUGCAGUGCGUUGGUGAGUUCUUAUACGUGCAGUGCGUUGGUGAGUUCUUAUACGUGCAGUGCGUUGGUGAGUUCUUAUACGUGCAGUGCGUUGGUGAGUUCUUAUACGUGCAGUGCGUUGGUGAGUUCUUAUACCUGCAGUGCGUUGGUGAGUUCUUAUACCUGCAGUGCGUUGGUGAGUUCUUAUACCUGCAGUGCGUUGGUGAGUUCUUAUACGUGCAGUGCGUUGGUGAGUUCUUAUACCUGCAGUGCGUUGGUGAGUUCUUAUACGUGCAGUGCGUUGGUGAGUUCUUAUACGUGCAGUGCGUUGGUGAGUUCUUAAACGUGCAGUGCGUUGGUGAGUUCUUAUACGUGCAGUGCGUUGGUGAGUUCUUAUACGUGCAGUGCGUUGGUGAGUUCUUAUACAUGCAGUGCGUUGGUGAGUUCUUAUACGUGCAGUGCGUUGGUGAGUUCUUAUACGUGCAGUGCGUUGGUGAGUUCUUAUACGUGCAGUGCGUUGGUGAGUUCUUAUACGUGCAGUGCGUUGGUGAGUUCUUAUACGUGCAGUGCGUUGGUGAGUUCUUAUACGUGCAGUGCGUUGGUGAGUUCUUGUACCUGCAGUGCGUUGGUGAGUUCUUGUACCUGCAGUGCGUUGGUGAGUUCUUAUACCUGCAGUGCGUUGGUGAGUUCUUAUACGUGCAGUGCGUUGGUGAGUUCUUAUACGUGCAGUGCGUUGGUGAGUUCUUAUACCUGCAGUGCGUUGGUGAGUUCUUAUACGUGCAGUGCGUUGGUGAGUUCUUAUACGUGCAGUGCGUUGGUGAGUUCUUAUACGUGCAGUGCGUUGGUGAGUUCUUAUACGUGCAGUGCGUUGGUGAGUUCUUAUACCUGCAGUGCGUUGGUGAGUUCUUAUACCUGCAGUGCGUUGGUGAGUUCUUAUACCUGCAGUGCGUUGGUGAGUUCUUAUACGUGCAGUGCGUUGGUGAGUUCUUAUACGUGCAGUGCGUUGGUGAGUUCUUAUACCUGCAGUGCGUUGGUGAGUUCUUAUACGUGCAGUGCGUUGGUGAGUUCUUAUACGUGCAGUGCGUUGGUGAGUUCUUAUACGUGCAGUGCGUUGGUGAGUUCUUAUACCUGCAGUGCGUUGGUGAGUUCUUAUACGUGCAGUGCGUUGGUGAGUUCUUAUACCUGCAGUGCGUUGGUGAGUGCUUAUACGUGCAGUGCGUUGGUGAGUUCUUAUACCUGCAGUGUGAGUUCUUAUACCUGCAGUGCGUUGGUGAGUUCUUAUACGUGCAGUGCGUUGGUGAGUUCUUAUACGUGCAGUGCGUUGGUGAGUUCUUACCUGCAUGCGUUGGUGAGUUCUUAUACGUGCAGUGCGUUGGUGAGUUCUUAUACGUGCAGUGCGUUGGUGAGUUCUUAUACGUGCAGUGCGUUGGUGAGUUCUUAUACGUGCAGUGCGUUGGUGAGUUCUUAUACGUGCAGUGCGUUGGUGAGUUCUUAUACGUGCAGUGCGUUGGUGAGUUCUUAUACGUGCAGUGCGUUGGUGAGUUCUUAUACCUGCAGUGCGUUGGUGAGUUCUUAUACCUGCAUUGCGUUGGUGAGUUCUUAUACCUGCAGUGCGUUGGUGAGUUCUUAUACGUGCAGUGCGUUGGUGAGUUCUUAUACGUGCAGUGCGUUAGUGAGUUCUUAUACCUGCAGUGCGUUGGUGAGUUCUUAUACGUGCUGUGCGUUGGUGAGUUCUUAUACGUGCAGUGCGUUGGUGAGUUCUUAUACGUGCAGUGCGUUGGUGAGUUCUUAUACGUGCAGUGCGUUGGUGAGUUCUUAUACGUGCAGUGCGUUGGUGAGUUCUUAUACCUGCAGUGCGUUGGUGAGUUCUUAUACCUGCAGUGCGUUGGUGAGUUCUUAUACCUGCAGUGCGUUGGUGAGUUCUUAUACCUGCAGUGCGUUGGUGAGUUCUUAUACGUGCAGUGCGUUGGUGAGUUCUUAUACCUGCAGUGCGUUGGUGAGUUCUUAUACGUGCAGUGCGUUGGUGAGUUCUUAUACGUGCAGUGCGUUGGUGAGUUCUUAUACGUGCAGUGCGUUGGUGAGUUCUUAUACGUGCAGUGCGUUGGUGAGUUCUUAUACGUGCAGUGCGUUGGUGAGUUCUUAUACGUGCAGUGCGUUGGUGAGUUCUUAUACGUGCAGUGCGUUGGUGAGUUCUUAUACGUGCAGUGCGUUGGUGAGUUCUUAUACGUGCAGUGCGUUGGUGAGUUCUUAUACGUGCAGUGCGUUGGUGAGUUCUUAUACGUGCAGUGCGUUGGUGAGUUCUUAUACGUGCAGUGCGUUGGUGAGUUCUUGUACCUGCAGUGCGUUGGUGAGUUCUUGUACCUGCAGUGCGUUGGUGAGUUCUUAUACCUGCAGUGCGUUGGUGAGUUCUUAUACGUGCAGUGCGUUGGUGAGUUCUUAUACGUGCAGUGCGUUGGUGAGUUCUUAUACGUGCAGUGCGUUGGUGAGUUCUUAUACCUGCAGUGCGUUGGUGAGUUCUUAUACGUGCAGUGCGUUGGUGAGUUCUUAUACGUGCAGUGCGUUGGUGAGUUCUUAUACGUGCAGUGCGUUGGUGAGUUCUUAUACGUGCAGUGCGUUGGUGAGUUCUUAUACCUGCAGUGCGUUGGUGAGUUCUUAUACCUGCAGUGCGUUGGUGAGUUCUUAUACCUGCAGUGCGUUGGUGAGUUCUUAUACGUGCAGUGCGUUGGUGAGUUCUUAUACGUGCAGUGCGUUGGUGAGUUCUUAUACCUGCAGUGCGUUGGUGAGUUCUUAUACGUGCAGUGCGUUGGUGAGUUCUUAUACGUGCAGUGCGUUGGUGAGUUCUUAUACGUGCAGUGCGUUGGUGAGUUCUUAUACCUGCAGUGCGUUGGUGAGUUCUUAUACGUGCAGUGCGUUGGUGAGUUCUUAUACCUGCAGUGCGUUGGUGAGUGCUUAUACGUGCAGUGCGUUGGUGAGUUCUUAUACCUGCAGUGUGAGUUCUUAUACCUGCAGUGCGUUGGUGAGUUCUUAUACGUGCAGUGCGUUGGUGAGUUCUUAUACUGCGUUGGUGAGUUCUUAUACCUGCAGUGCGUUGGUGAGUUCUUAUACCUGCAGUGCGUUGGUGAGUUCUUAUACGUGCAGUGCGUUGGUGAGUUCUUAUACCUGCAGUGCGUUGGUGAGUUCUUAUACGUGCAGUGCGUUGGUGAGUUCUUAUACGUGCAGUGCGUUGGUGAGUUCUUAUACGUGCAGUGCGUUGGUGAGUUCUUAUACGUGCAGUGCGUUGGUGAGUUCUUAUACGUGCAGUGCGUUGGUGAGUUCUUAUACGUGCAGUGCGUUGGUGAGUUCUUAUACGUGCAGUGCGUUGGUGAGUUCUUAUACCUGCAGUGCGUUGGUGAGUUCUUAUACGUGCAGUGCGUUGGUGAGUUCUUAUACGUGCAGUGCGUUAGUGAGUUCUUAUACCUGCAGUGCGUUGGUGAGUUCUUAUACGUGCUGUGCGUUGGUGAGUUCUUAUACGUGCAGUGCGUUGGUGAGUUCUUAUACGUGCAGUGCGUUGGUGAGUUCUUAUACGUGCAGUGCGUUGGUGAGUUCUUAUACGUGCAGUGCGUUGGUGAGUUCUUAUACCUGCAGUGCGUUGGUGAGUUCUUAUACCUGCAGUGCGUUGGUGAGUUCUUAUACCUGCAGUGCGUUGGUGAGUUCUUAUACGUGCAGUGCGUUGGUGAGUUCUUAUACGUGCAGUGCGUUGGUGAGUUCUUAUACGUGCAGUGCGUUGGUGAGUUCUUAUACCUGCAGUGCGUUGGUGAGUUCUUAUACGUGCAGUGCGUUGGUGAGUUCUUAUACGUGCAGUGCGUUGGUGAGUUCUUAUACGUGCAGUGCGUUGGUGAGUUCUUAUACGUGCAGUGCGUUGGUGAGUUCUUAUACGUGCAGUGCGUCGGUGAGUUCUUAUACGUGCAGUGCGUUGGUGAGUUCUUAUACCUGCAGUGCGUUGGUGAGUUCUUAUACCUGCAGUGCGUUGGUGAGUUCUUAUACGUGCAGUGCGUUGGUGAGUUCUUAUACGUGCAGUGCGUUGGUGAGUUCUUAUACGUGCAGUGCGUUGGUGAGUUCUUAUACGUGCAGUGCGUUGGUGAGUUCUUAUACCUGCAGUGCGUUGGUGAGUUCUUAUACGUGCAGUGCGUUGUGAUCACGGACCCCUGUGCGUCUACCACGUGUCCCGCCAAGGCCACGUGCAGCAACGUGAAUGGCGUGGCCACGUGUGUGUGCGCCGUGGGGUACACCCUCGUCAGCGGCGCCUGCCAGCCGGCCGCGCCCUGCUCGCUGGUGAAAUGCCCGGCCAACUGCACGUGCUCCUCCUCCAAUGGCGUCGCCAAGUGUGACUGCCCCGGUCAGUGCUGCUUCCCCGCCCCCCCUUCUUUCCCCCAUCCUCCUCCGCCCUGCGUCUUGCCCCCUUUGUCCUCCUUGGUUUACUGCUCUCCUCGCUUUGUACCCCCUUCCCCCCCAUCCACCUCCCCCCUCCCCACCCCUUCCCCCCUCCAUGCCGCCUCCCUUGCUCACUCCCCUCUGCACCUUCCCCCUUCCCCCACCUCCCCCUCCCACUGCCGGGGCGAGCAGAUCUGUGCUACGGGCCUUGCUCUCUCCUUCACUCCCUCACACAUCUCCCUCCAUGCCUCCACCACCCCCCACGCCUCGCCCCUGAGUGCAGCAACGUUGGCGAAUUCGGACUAUCUGGACAACCAGAAUGCCGCCAGGGCGGCAGUGGGCGCCAUUCCCCUCGUCUGGAACGCCACCCUGGCGGCGGAGGCACAGGCGUGGGCAACGGUGCUGACCAACAGCACGUACAACUGCGGGCUGUCGCACGGUGGCAACCCCGGCGAGGGGCAGAACCUCUCAGGGGGUGGGCCGGCCGGCUAUUACUCGAACGGGGCGGCCGUGAGCUGGUGGGUGGGCGAGGGCGACCUCUACUCCUACGCUGUCUUCUCCGGGGGCUGCAGCACCGGCAACUGGGCUGACUGCGGCCACUACACGCAGGUCAUCUGGAACAACACGCGCACGGUGGGCUGUGGCAAGGCAUCGUGCGGCACGAAGGCAGAUGUGUGGGCGUGCAACUACUACCCUCCUGGCAACUAUGGUGGCCAGCUGCCCUAUGUGCAAGACCCGUGCUACCGGGUGGCAUGCCCGUCCACGGCGACGUGCACGGUGCGGUACGGGCAGCCCAUGUGUGUGUGCGGGGCGGGGCAGGUGCUGGUGAACAACGCCACGUGCCAGCCCGACCCCUGCACCAGCGGCACCACCACGUGCCCCGGCAACCUUGUGUGUGACGGCUCCUCCGGCACUGCUCAGUGCGCCUGCCCCACCGGCCUCGUACCCAUCAGUGCCGCCACCUGUGUCCCGCCGGCGUGUGUGGGGGCGGUGUGCCCGGCGCUUGCGACAUGUGCGGUGGACGGCAGUGGGUACCCGUUCUGCCAGUGCCCCACGGGGUGGUACCUGGGCAGCAACGUGUGUGUGCAGGGCACGCCUGCAGCCGUGGCAGCCACGAGCCUGGCGGUCUACAACACGGCGUCCUACACCAGCACGGCCCCUGCGCUCGGCCCCACCCUCGUGCGCACGGGGCUGCCCGCCAACUCCUCGCGCGGCAGCUGUGUCGACAUCCCCGGCGGCAUUGCAGCGGCGUCGCUGCGCGUGCUGUGGAACGUGCCGGACAGCACGGGGGCGCCCAAGCAGUCGUGCGGGCUGCUGUGGUUCUGGACCAGCGCCUCCUGCUACGGCUCCGCCACCGGCUAUUACCGCCCCGCCGGGGACGUCACCAACUUCGCCACCACGUCAGGCAACGUGGCCCUCGUCAAGGCUGUUGCCUGCGCCAUCUGA